CACACACAUAUAUACACCCUGUUGUUACCAACAUCGUAUACUCAUACCAUGAAUACCCAAGUUGUUCUUUCCCUUACUCUGGUCUUCUUCUUUUUCUCUGGAUCUCAAGCUGCCACAAUCACUUUUAACAACAAGUGCUCAUACACAGUAUGGCCGGCAACCCUAACCGGUGACCAGAAGCCUCAACUGUCCAAGACCGGGUUCGAGUUGACAAACGGAGCGUCAAGCACUGUGGACGUUCCAUCUCCAUGGUCGGGUCGCUUCUGGGCCCGAACCGGCUGUUCUAAUAACGGGGGCAAGUUCACUUGCGCCACAGGAGACUGUGGCUCCGGCCAAGUGGCAUGCAACGGUGCUGGUGGAACCCCACCCGCGACUCUAGUCGAACUUACUGUGGCGGCAAACAAAGGACAAGAUUUUUACGAUGUAAGCAACGUGGAUGGGUUCAACGUCCCCGUGUCCAUAGCUCCGCAAGGCGGUACCGGCGACUGCAAACCGUCAAGCUGUCCGGCGAACAUCAACGCGGCGUGCCCGGCGGAUCUGCAAAUGAAGGGCUCAGAUGGGAAGGUGAUCGCGUGCAAGAGUGCUUGCUUGGCCUUCAAUAAGCCCGAGUACUGUUGUACCGGGAGCUUCGCCGGCGGGCCAGACAAAUGCCCACCCACCAAUUACUCUCAAUUUUUCGAGAAACAGUGCCCUGAUGCUUACAGCUACGCCUAUGAUGACAAGAACAGCACCUUCACUUGCUCUGGAGGCCCUAACUAUGUCAUUACAUUCUGUCCUUGAACGCUGGCGAGAUGAUGGGCUCUCAUAUUAUUAAUUAUAUAUCGAGGUAACAAAUAAUAAUGGCAUGAAAUAUAUAAUUACGGUCUGAUGAGAAGAAUAAAUUGGCCGCUCUUAUUGGUGAUUUUAUCCUGUACUAUCGAUACAUCUUUCUUGUAUCUGGAGAAGGAUAUAUAUAUAAAUAUAUAAAUGUUUCUUUCAAUUUUCUGAAUGC